AUGCUGCACCUCGCUUCCUACAUUAUGAUGCCGUUCAUGGCUGGUAGCAGCAUCGCUGCACCGGUGACGGACGUUUCCUCUUCCACAGGAAUGAACACAUUACCACAAGAUGUUGCAAACGCGGGCAAUCAACAACUCAUCACGUCUCUUGCGGAAGCAGCCACCUCGGUCGACCGAUUGAAGCUGUUACCGAACGACCGCGAUCACAUAUACGACUUCAACAAUCCUCCCAAAGAUGCCAUUACCACCGGCGACGGCGGCCACACGGUCAAGGCAGAUCGCAAAGAUUUUCCCGCGCUCAUUGGCAACGGUGUGUCGAUGACGGUAGGAUUCAUCGGUCCCUGCGGCUUCAACACGCCUCACACCCACCCUCGCUCCGCCGAGAUCAACAUAAUCGUCGAAGGCCGCCUAGGCACCGAAUACAUCCUAGAGAACGGCCUGGGCGUGAUCCGCAACGAGCUAUCUAAAUUCCAGAUGACCGUCUUCCCACAGGGCGCCAUCCACACCGAAUUCAACCCGGACUGCACCAACGCGACCUUUGUGGCAGGCUUCGCUUCAGAAGACCCCGGCGUGCAGCAGUCCGCCCAGCGACUGUUCGACCUCGACGAAGAUGUGCUGACGGCCGCGUUCGCGAGUGACUUUACCUUUGACGGCCGGGAUCUGGAGCAGUUCAAGGGCGUGAUCCCCAAGAACGUGGCAAACGGCGUGGAGGCGUGUUUGAAGAAGUGUAAUAUCCAGAAACGCUAG